UCUAGAAAAUUUCCAUUCACUUUCUCUCUUUCCAAGUUCCAAGCUCCCUUCUGCUAAGAGAGAGAGAGAGAGAGAGAGAGUCCGUAGAGCUCAGAAUCUGAUUUUGGGGGUUUAGACGCUUCACUCCGACUCGCCGAUUGCAAAACCCUAAUUAUCCGAUCAGGUCUGAGCAUUCUGGUUAGCAAGCCCGAAUCAACCAAUUUUCAUGUCUGAGCUCGACGACCAGAUUCCUACUGCCUUCGAUCCCUUUGCUGAGGCAAAUGCUGAGGACUCAGGUGCUGGGACAAAAGAGUAUGUGCACAUCCGUGUACAGCAACGGAACGGCAGAAAAAGCCUGACAACUGUGCAGGGACUGAAGAAGGAUUUUAGCUACAACAAGAUACUCAAGGACCUCAAGAAGGAGUUUUGCUGCAAUGGUACUGUCGUCCAGGACCCCGAACUAGGGCAGGUCAUUCAACUUCAAGGCGAUCAGCGAAAGAAUGUAUCUUCCUUCCUAGUCCAGGCUGGCAUCGUGAAGAAAGACAACAUCAAAAUUCAUGGUUUCUGAGGUCUGCUCCAGCUACUGAAGCAUCUGAAUAUUACGUCUACUUGUACCUGGGUGCAGGACAUGUUAUGUGAUUAGUUAUCUGAAUAGUAUAUCAUCUAUAAGUCUGCUAUGUGUAUUGGGUUUGUGGUGUGUAUUUGAUGUUUUAAGCAACUUUGUAAUGUGGGAUGACUAUCGGACGUAUGGAAACAACUUGUGUUUGUUUUAAGUUCAUCUGCAAUUUCAAUUACAAUAAAGAUGUUAUACAGAUUUCCCUUGCA